AUGGAGUACUCCGGCACGCGCCCAACGGCGCCCUUCCACUCUAAUGUGAAUGCGUUGCGUAGUCUGCAGCACCGAAUGCAACUACGCGCAGAAGCUGCGGCCAGACACCGCUACCCGUCGCCGCAGCAACAUCCCUCUCCCUUCCAGGCGUUCACCUCGACACCGCCGUCACAGCCACAGAAUCCGUGCUGUUGCGAUGACCGGUACUGCUGCUGCCGCGAGGCAUCUCGAGGGCUCCCUCCCACGCGGCGCGACGCCAAACCUGGUGCCUCCGCCACCGCCCAAAGCAGCAAGGCUUCGAACAGCUCAUUUUCAAACGGACAGCGUAGCUCGCCCCACCCCGAUAACGAAUCUAAGCCCGACACAUCCAGCAACGUUGGCGGGUGGCCACCGCAGGUGCUUGCGGCGGUGUUGCGGGUGGCGCACAUGGCAGAGGUCGACAUCACUGCAGGACAGUACAGUAUUCCGCGGGGGACGACACGGCGAACAGGCACGGCGCAGCUGCCGGAGGUGGCGGUGUGGCACGCAGACGCUGCCAACGGCGGUGCGUUCGAGAAUCCAUCGUCGGCGAACCAUCGCCGUUGCUGCUGUUUAGGUGAUGGUGGUGGUGGUGGUGGUCACUGCGGCUUACACAGCCGCUGCACUUGUGGGUGCCGCGAGCGCGGAGAGCACCGACGCCAUCGCUCCUCGCGAAGGGAGCGAAAGGAGAAAACGGAAGCGGUAGAAAAACCCGACAGCAGUAAAACAGCAGGAACGACAGCGACAACCAUUUACCCCAGCGCCAUCGCCCUCCUCGCCUCCGGCACCACCCCGCCCUCUCUCUCGCCAUACCGCGAUCAGGAAGUACUGGACCGCAUCAUGGCGCGGUAUCACGCACCGCCGACUCCCCCGUCACCCGCCGCGGAAGCCGUGCAGCCACCGCUGCACAUUCACGUGCACUGCGGUAACGGCGCGGUGCAGCCCGACAGCGCGGCCCCAGCCGCAGCAGCAGACGGCGCCGGAACGGCGGGAGAUGCUGCGUCAGCGACUCCGGCACCGCCACCACCACCGCCGCCCCCGCCGGGUGUGGUCAUUCCGCCGCCUCCGCCGGGUGUGUCGGUCCCCGUACCGCCCCCGCCUCCAGACGUGUCGGUGCCCCCUCCGCCACCACCCCCUGCUGUCGUGCCGUUGCCACCACCACCACCACCUGCAGCUUCUGUACCGCCGCCACCGCCUGGUGCGACCGUGCCGUCACCCACCACCACCACCACCACCACCACCACCACCACCGCCGCCGGCGCCGCAAGGGAAGGUAAAGCGGACAAGGAGAAGCGGAUGCUACUCGACCAGGCGGACAAGUACGUCUGGCAGUUGGAACAGGAGGUGCAACACCGAGCAUUUCAUCACAACGCGAUGCUCCAACAGUUGGCCGAGGAGGAGGAGCGCAGUGCGGCUUUGCGGCGUGAUCGAGAUGCUCUUCUGGCGCAGAACAACGCCUUUCAAGGGACGCUGGAAUACGCGCGAGGAAACCCGUUCUCUGCUCGCCGGUUACGUGCGUCUUCGUCCUCCUCCUCCACGUCUUCGUCCUCCUCGUCCACGCCGGCAGAAAGAAAGGCCCCGUCAAGCGCGGCGGUGGAGUCGUCGCCACCACCAACAGCUACAGCAACAGCAAGUUGCGCUCCUCGUCUGCCGCCCGCCGUCGCAUCCGUAUAUACAUCGUUGCAGCCCGCUGCAUCAUCGCCGCCGCCUCCGUGCCAACCUUCAGAGGCACCAGCGGCCGCUGCUGUUCCUCCCCCACUCCCUUCACCUACAGCAUCACCGCCGACAACACAAGCAGCAGCAAAUACAAUCCCCGCUCUCCCGUGUCUUCCUCCGCCACCCUCGACGUUGCUGUCUUCCGCGGCGGCGAUGGGCAACACCCCUAGCGCCACACAAGAUGUGCUGCGGCACAUCUUAUUGGAGCGCGAGGCGGCGCUGCAGCAGCGGGCAGCUCCAGUGGACAAUGCACAAGGCUCUGCUGUUUUCUCGUCCCUCGUGCAGAGUCCAAACUCGGUGCCACAACGCAGCCGGGUAGACGCAGGACACGACGAUGAGUUAAAACGGUAUCUAGAUCGACUUAUUCAGGAAGGCGAAGCCGAGGCGGCGGCGUGCAGACGAGCGGCCACGGUCGAUAGCAUGUCUGCGCCGUCUGCGCCUGCGCACCCAUUCACCGACCCUCCCAUGCGAUCCGGAAGCUAUGGAAGAGAAGGUCCUGCUAAUAACAGAGAGCCUUUCUACCCCCAGCCCUAUCAACAGCCUUCCUUAGAGCAGCAGGCGCUUGAGCAGCAGCGGCGGCGUGAAGUGCAGCAGCUGCGCGCCGCCAUCGCUACAGAGCGCGAUCGCUUUGACGAAGGGACGCGUCGGUGGAACGCACAUGUGCGGCAUCAAGAAGCGCAGCAGCAGGCUUCCGCCCAUCAGCUGCGUGAGCGACAACGCCUGGACCAGCUACGUGCUGAGGCAGCAGCGGAGGAGGUGCGGGUGCGUGCUGACACCGUGCGUUGGCGUUCGUACACGCAGCAGCCGCACGGGCAGCAACGAUGA